AUGUUACAAUUGGAACUGUUGAAAAGAGCUGGAAACGAAGCAAUUGAUGUGAAUCCCGCCUACGGCGUGGACAUCAAAAUGACCGAAAAUGGAUCUGACUGGCUGUGGGCUGUGUUCUCCGUUUUUGCUCUCAGCGCGUUGAUCUACGCGGCUCUGUUCAUUUACUAUGAACAGAGAGGCGUCAACUUGCACCGCUUCGCCAUUGCAGCACCGCUCAGCGUUUCGUUGGUCAUGGCAUUUUCCUACUUCACCAUGGCUUCGAAUCUAGGUUGGACCGGUAUUCAAGCUGAGUUCAAUCACCAGAAAACCGCCGAUCAAUCAGAAACUCCUGGCAUUAGGCAAGUUUUCUACGCAAAAUACGUCGCCUGGUUCUUGACCUGGCCUAUUUUGCUAUAUCUCACUGAACUAACCGGCGUUGUGACCAUCGACUUCGAGGCCAUGACUGAGCGCUGGUCGUUCUUUGAAUUGAUCCACGGUCUAGUGUUGCAGAUUUGCGGCAGCUGGUUUUUUAUCAUCGGCCUCUUGGUCGGAUCUUUGAUUCACUCUAGUUACAAGUGGGGGUACUGGACCUUGGCCGUCUUCGCUCAAUUUUUGGUUACUUUCAUUGUGUUCAAGCACCAAAUUCGCGACUUGGUCGCCACUGGCAUCAAGUUGGUGAUUUUGAUCUUCACUUACUUCUGCAUUUGGCUCUACUUCGUUGCGUGGGGUCUCAGUGACGGCGGCAACGUCAUCACCGUGGACUCUGGCCACGUUUUCUUUGGAAUUCUAGAUCUGUUGGUCUUCCUUCUAGUUCCUGCUCUAUUGCUUGCCGCUGCUGUUUCAUUGGGGGUGUGUCCUCCCUUUGCCGCCAGAAGGACCCGCCAUCACCAAGACUUGGAAAAACAAGUUGAGCCAGUGAGACUUGGUAAUGCUCCACACAACGACACCACUCAAGUUGUUGCUGUUGAAGAGGCUGGUAACCCAAUUGUGGCCUAA